UGAAAUGGAAUGAAAUAAAACUACUAACUACUACUAAUAAGCCAAUUCAAAACCCAUGUUCAUAUACCUUCUCAAUCCAAUCCCAAUCCUUUUUUUUCUUUUAAAAAAAAAAAAAACUAAAUAUAUAUAUAUAUAUAUAUAUUUCUGAUUAUCCUCCUCCUCAGGCUAUAGUCCUUUUUCACUACUUCUAGUAGUUGUUAAUAUUAUGGAGUAUACAAUUUUUCGUUUCAAACCCAUCUCAAUUCUCCAUCUACUAUGCUUGAUUCCGCCUCCCUCAUGAUGAUAAUUCCCUCUACGUAAACUGGAUCCAAUUCCCCACCAGGAAACACCUCCACUCCUGAUUAUCCUACCUUUUCUUCCUUAAUUUCAAAUGGUGAUGGCGGAUAAUGAGAGUUGUGGUAGUCGGGAGGUGGAAUCUUCGCCAGCCAACACCCGCCUGCACCGCAAGAAACUCGAGGUUUACAAUGAGGUUUUGCGCCGGCUUAAGGAAGCCCACCACCCCGACGCUCAGGACUCCGCUUUUGACGAUCAGCUUUGGGCGCAUUUCAAUCGCCUUCCUGCCAGGUACGCAAUGGAUGUGAAUUUGGAGAGGGCAGAAGAUGUUCUCACACACAAGAGACUACUGCAUCUGGCCCGCGAUCCUGCUAAUAGGCCGGCUUUUGAAGUUAGGCUUGUUCAGGUUGUGCCUGCCUCUGAUGGGAAUUCAGGAGAUUCAGUACAUUCACGCUCUCCAAGAAGGGGAAGUGUCCAUCCACCACCUGCCUUUGGUUCUUCUCCUAAUCUUGAAGCACUUGCACUUGAAGUAAGUAAGUCAGAAGUACAAGAUGGUGACAGUGGUGUAAAUGCUAGCACAAAGUUUCUAAGGCCCAUGCAUGAGAUUACUUUCUCAACAGAUGACAAGCCAAAGCUCCUCAGUCAGUUGACUUGUCUAUUAGCUGAAGUUGGGUUGAACAUCCAGGAAGCACAUGCCUUUUCCACUGCGGAUGGCUAUUCUCUAGAUGUAUUUGUUGUUGAUGGUUGGCCAUUUGAGGAGGUUGAACAGCUACGCACUGCCAUUGAGAAAGAAGUUCUGAAGAUUGAGAAAACUUCUUGGCUGAAUGCACGUUCUUUGCCUCUACUCAAUGAACAAGAGCCAAUGGAGAUCAAACGUGAAUCUAAUCAUCUGACAAUACCCAGUGAUGGUACUGAUGUCUGGGAAAUUGAUCCUCAAUAUUUGAAAUUCGAGUCCAAAGUAGCAUCAGGAUCAUACGGCGACUUAUACAAAGGAACAUACUGUAGUCAGGAAGUAGCAAUUAAAAUUCUCAAGGGAGAGCGCUUGAAUACAGAACUUCAGAAGGAGUUUGCCCAAGAAGUAUAUAUAAUGAGAAAAGUUCGACACAAGAAUGUUGUGCAAUUCAUCGGGGCAUGCACCAGACCUCCAAACUUGUGCAUAGUGACAGAAUACAUGUCUGGGGGAAGUGUAUACGACUAUUUACACAAGCAAAAGGGUUCUUUUAAGCUUCCUGCUUUACUUAAAGUAGCCAUUGAUGUAUCAAAGGGAAUGAACUAUUUGCAUCAGAACAAUAUAAUUCACAGGGACUUGAAGGCUGCGAAUCUUUUGAUGGAUGAAAAUGAAGUUGUUAAGGUGGGGGAUUUUGGAGUGGCCAGAGUGAAAGCUCAAACAGGUGUGAUGACAGCUGAAACUGGGACGUAUCGAUGGAUGGCCCCUGAGGUUAUAGAGCAUAAACCCUAUGAUCAUAAGGCUGAUGUUUUCAGUUUUGGCGUGGUUUUAUGGGAAUUGCUGACAGGAAAGCUUCCUUACGAGUACUUGACUCCUUUACAAGCAGCUGUUGGAGUGGUCCAAAAGGGUCUCCGGCCGACUAUUCCAAAACACACACAUCCAAAGCUUGUUGAGCUGCUUGAGAGAUGCUGGCAGCAAGAUCCAACUUUGAGACCUGACUUUUCUGAAGUAACAGAAAUCUUAAAGCAAAUAUCUAAGGAGGUUGGAGAUGAUGGAGAGGGACGAAAGGAGAGAGGAUUUUUUUCUGCCCUGAGACGCGGACAUCACUGAAGGGAUAAAACUUGGAAGCUCAUCGGCAUAUAUAUUCCUCUCCAAUUUUGGAACAUUAACCCCCUUUAAGUCUGUUGGCAUUGUACAAUACCCCUUGCAUCAGUUUCCUGCCAGAUUUUCUUCCUUGAGAUUGAUGUUUACUAAUUCAUUUUUCCGAUUUCUUCAAUCGUUCUUAUUUGCUUCUGGUCUGUCUGCCUUGCCAUCUCUUCUAGUUGAGAGCAGUGUAAAAGUCCAACCUCAGCCGCAAUUAAGGAUAAAAUGUGUUCUGGUGAUACUUCUCCAAAUGAUACGAUGGUUGCCUACUUGUCUGCUGUUCAUUAUGGUCCAAUAGGUGUAUAAUAUUUUGACGCCAGGUUUGAUUUUUUGGUGUUAGGCGAUUAUGAAUGUGUAAGACAACAAAUUCAUAUCCAAUUGUAAUAAAAUGAAGAUCAAAGGAGGGCGAUUAUCAAAUCCA